AUGGGUGUCAACGGCCUCUGGCAAGUGCUGCAGCCAUGCGCGCGCCCCACGAAGCUGGAGACGUUGAACCGCAAGCGCCUCGCCGUCGACGCCUCCAUCUGGAUAUACCAGUUCCUCAAGGCGGUGCGCGAUAAAGAGGGAAACGCGCUGCGAAACUCGCACGUCAUCGGCUUCUUCCGCCGCAUCUGCAAGCUGCUGUGGUUCGGCAUCAAGCCCGUCUUCGUCUUUGACGGCGGCGCCCCCGUGCUCAAGCGCGCGACGCUGCAGGGGAGGAAGCGCAGGCGAGAGGGCCGCCGCGAGGAUGCCGUGCGCACGGCGAACAAGCUCCUGGCCGUGCAGAUGCAGCGCCUUGCCGAGGCGGAAGCUGCUGAUCGUCGCACGCAGCGCAGCAGGGCUCCCGAGGCGGCUGCGAAAGCGACGGCUGAUGCCGCAGCGGGGGAUGUUGAGGACGGUGUUGCAGAGGGGGAGGUUAUCCCGGACGCUGAGAACAUAGUCUAUGCGGACGAGCAGCUCUUGGACAAGACGGAGCGACAAAAGAACCGCAAGUUUUUCAAACAAGACGCGUACCACCUGCCAGCCUUGGAAAAGAGCAUGCACGAGAUGGGAAAGCCCAAUGAUCCUCGAGUAAUGAGUAUCGAGGAGCUCGAGAUCUAUGCGCAGCAAUUCCACAAGGGAGAAGACAUAAAUCUCUAUGACUUCAGCAAGAUCGAUUUCGAUGGUGACUUCUUCAAGAGCUUGCCGUCGGCCGACCGCUACAACAUCCUCAACGCGGCGCGUCUUCGCAGUCGACUUCGAAUGGGUCUUAGCAAAGAACAACUCAUGACCAUGUUCCCGAAUCGGAGAGAUUUCUCGCGCUUCCAGGUAGAGCGAGUCCAGGAAAGGAAUCGGUUGACGCAGCGUCUCAUGGUGGAAAUAGGAAUGUCUGAAAGCACCGAUCUGACGGUUAGCGGGCGCAUCAACAGCGAAAGAGGGCGCGAGUACAUCCUGGUCAAGAACGACGGCGCCGAAGGUGGAUGGGCUCUGGGCGUUGUGACGAGAGAGAAGGACAAGGGCGAAGCGCACAACCCCAUUGAUGUCGAUGCGCCUGCACGACGCAAUCUCCAGCAGGACGGCCAGGAUGAUGAAUGGGAGGACUCGGACGAGUUUGAGGAUGUCCCCAUUGAGGGAUUGAACAGACUUCCCAAGGUGAACAAGUCCAAAGGGGAAGGGCUGCUCACUGCAGAGGGCAUUGAGGAAGACUCGAUGUUUGUGGACCAGGCGCAGUCAAUCGAUGAUCUCUUCGAAGAUCCUGAUCAGGAUGAGGAUCUAGCGGCGGAUGAGCAAGAGGACAUUAACCGGGCCAUUGCCAUGUCUUUAAAGAAUCAACAUGGAUCACUGGAUCACAAUGAAGGGGAUAUUGACACGGAUGGUAAAACAAGUACCACGAUCCCAGAAUGGGAGCAAAAGGCUGCCGAAAAGGCCAAACCAAUAAAUGGUGGAAGCGGAAGGACGAUUGCGCACAUUGUCAACAACCGAGCCAGUCGCAUGGUUCCCAAACCUCGUGUCACGGUUGCGCCCGAGUCUCAAACAAAGGCCGACGUCGAUACCGACAGUGACAGUGACGAUGAUCUGAUGGCUAUUAUGGCCAAAGCUCGCAAAAACAAACAGAAACAACAAGCAGCUUCUAAGCCUGCCGUGGGUUCAGUUACGUUGUCCUCCAAAAACCCUUUCGGUGGGCCGUUGCCCUUUGAGAAGCUGGAUUGGAGGACUUCUGUUUUCGAACCAAAGCCCACAGAUGUGAAUAACAAAGGGGGAUUUCUUAGUGCAGAUCCGCAGCCUGCGGCCUUGCCUAAACCGUCACCCAUGGCCGAUAGGCUUGAGGCCCUGGCUGAUGAAGAUGAUGAAGCCGAAGGGGGUUUUGAACGCCCGGCCCCUGAAGCGGAGGGUCCUCGGCCCUUGCCGCCUUGGAUGCUCGAUACCGAAACUGACAUUAGGGACUCUGUCAAGAAUCAGGCGGCUGCGCAGGCGGACAUGAAUGCGGAAGACCGCCAACUCGUCAUGGAGGAGCGCCAGAGGUAUCAAAAGGAGCUUGCACACCAAUACGUGGAGAUUGAGUCAUCGGAAGAGUCGGGCGAUGACGACAUCGAAAUCAUCGAGGCACCGACCAAAGCAGUAGAACCAUCACAAAAGAAACCAUCACCAGUAAAUCUGCCCGAGUCGACGAUUUCGGACCAGUCAGAUGUUGAGGCACCAGCAAGCUUGUCUGGUGGGCAACAAGCAAUAAACGAAGCGACGCCGGCAGCAACUACACCCGCUGUAGAACCUGAGAAGUCUGUUGAAAAAGAAGCAGAAUCACCACCGUCUUCACCAGAACCUGAAUUCGAGGAUGUUGAAAUAACGGCACCGGAGCCUACGAACGCAAGUGAACCAACGAACGAGGCAUACGUCUUGGAUGCACCUACUUUAGGGCCUCUGGAAACCGGCGAUGUGGAUGUUCAGCAAAUUGCCCAAGCUAGUGUUGAUGAUGCUUUCAAUGCUAUCCAGGAGUUUGAUGAUUUCAGCGACUCAGAGGACGAAGAGCUAUUGGCACAGCUGGCCGAAGAGGCCGAGGCACAUGCGGAGUUUGCUAGCACGCUACAGAACCACGGUGGCAAAUCUGCAGCCAACGCUCAGUCGGCUGAAGAUUACGAGAAAGAACUCAAGCAGCUGCGCGCUCAGCAGAAGAAAGACCGCCGCGAUGCGGAUGAGGUGUCACAGGUCAUGGUGACAGAAUGCCAGCAGCUCCUUAGGCUCUUUGGCAUACCCUAUGUCACGGCUCCCAUGGAAGCCGAAGCGCAAUGCGCGGAGUUGGUCAGGCUGGGCCUAGUUGAUGGCAUUGUCACGGACGACUCGGAUACGUUUCUCUUUGGCGGCACCAGGGUCUACAAGAACAUGUUCAACGGCAACAAGUUUGUCGAGUGCUACCUGGCAUCGGACCUGGAGAAGGAGCUGUCGCUGUCUCGGGAAAACCUCAUCUCGCUUGCUCAGCUGUUGGGUUCCGACUACACAGAUGGUUUACCUGGCGUGGGCCCGGUCACGGCGGUCGAGAUCCUGUCCGAGUUCCCCGGUCCAGACGGCCUGUCGCGCUUCGCCGAAUGGUGGCGCCAGGUGCAAAGCAGUCUCAACGUGUCCACAGACGGCUGGAGCAGCUUCCUCCGCAAGUUCCGCAAGUCACAGGCGACGCGCCUGUUCCUGCCCCCGGGGUUCCCCAGCCCGGCCGUGCCAGAAGCGUAUCUAAAGCCCGAGGUGGACAGCGACCCGGAGCCGUUCCAGUGGGGUGCGCCCGACCUCUCCGGGCUGCGGGAUUUCCUAAUGGCGACGAUCGGCUGGACCCAGGAGCGCACGGACGAGGUGCUUGUGCCGGUGAUUCGGGACGUGAACCGUCGCGAGCUUGAGGGGACUCAGAGCAACAUAACGAGGUUCUUUUCGGGUGGCGUCGGCGUUGGAGCUAGGCAGCAGCAGGAGAAUGAAGGCCAGCAGCAGGGCGAGGCCUUUGCGCCGAGGAGAGCCGCGAGAGGAGGGAGUAAGCGUAUGGCCAAUGCGGUCUCGAGAUUAAGGGCGCAGGCCUCCAGUGCUGGAGCGCCGACGGGUGGUAGCGAUGGUGACACUGUGGAAACACCCGCGUCUGUGCGGGGGAGUACAAGGAAGCGCAAGGCUCGUGCCGAUGCUAUUGUUGAGGAAGAUGAGGACGGCCAUGAGGGUACGGAUGAUGACUCUGGUCAAGGUACUCAGGAGGCGCAUGCAAGUGCCCGCGGAGGAAGGCGUAAAAGGGGGAGAGCCGUUCAGAAAAAGGGGUAG